GCUAAAUUCGUCACGAGAGCAUUUUCUUUUCUUUUCAACACACCCUCAGUUAUGCACACCCAUUUACGCAUUCUAAACAAUCUUGAUGGCGAAUUCAAGGAGCUCGACAAGAAAUUUGCACAAGAAGAACUACGUAUCUUUGGCAAAUCGACGGAACGAAUAUUCAAGGAACUGGAUGUAACCCGACGAAAGCAAAUCGAACUUGCCGCUGAACAUAUUGCACUCGAUAUGACCGUCGAUAUACCUCAACUUAAUGCACACACGGCUAACGCUGACGAGACAUAUCGCAAAAUGGUCGAACAGUUGACCGAGAAAGAAGCUUCCUUAAAAGCUUUAACAAGAAAGCUGAAUGAUUUGAGUGAAUCCUUGAAUCAAUUUCGAGCGAUAUCAGAACAAGCCGAUCUCCAGGAUACCACGGCCUUCUUUUCAUAGUUCCUAGGACACCAUGUUGUGCAAUCAAUUAAAUUCCUCCCUGACUCUGGAAUGGUAACAGCCGCUGCAUUAUCAAGCUAUUCCAGGCAUACAUCAUCUCAACUCAUUCGAAACGUUUUUCAUGGACCAAAUAAAACCAUUUCCACUUUACGUCGAUCAAUUAUCAAAUGUGAUGAACUGGAUAAACUAUGGAAAACAGGCUAGAUCGCAC